UUUCCUCGCGAACGAAUCUACGCGCGAACAAGUACGUCGCGUACGAUGCGCGGUACGCAACGCAUCAUGCAAUAAUAUUGCGCCGAACUGCGAAAUUCCUGACGUGACGAUUCCCUCUUGAUUAUGGAGGAUUCCACGGAGGCCCAAAAGUGGCAGCAACAUCUGUCUCUGCUGCGGGAGCAAUAUGUCAAUCUAUACAACGCGAACGUGGAACUCCAGAAGGAAUAUGCUAUCGCCACUGCUGACAAGCAGGAAUACGGAUUUGUCGGCAGGCUCUUGGCUACGAUAGCGUCCUUGUAUUGUCAACAUCGUUACAGUGAUAUAAGCAUAAAACUCAUCGAUCAAGAAAUACCGGCACACAAGUUUGUAUUAUCUGCCAGAACCGAUUUCUUCAGCGACUCAGUUCUUGUUGAAAAAACUGUUUUAGACUGGAGUAAUUUAGACAGUGCUGUCGCAUCUGUACUGCUGAAAUGGAUUUACACAGGCAAAGUGUCACAAGAAAAUUUGACCCUGAACCUGAUGAAAGCAGCAGCCAACUUCCAGUUGUCAGAAUUGGUAGAUCAGUGUGAGAGGUAUCUGAUCGGGACAGUGGGGCUGAAAGACUGCGUAAUAUUGUAUGCAGCUGCUGAGGAACUAGGCACUAUGAAAUUAAAAGAACACUGCAGCUCUUUGAUUUCAGCACACUGGGAAGAUCUGACGGGCGAAGAUUUCAAGGAGAUGCCAGGUUCUCUGCUGUACAAGUUACUGCAAACUAAAAGUAAAUACCCUCUACACGCGGCAGUCCGCUUGAUGCGCGAAGACGUUGUGUUCCUGUAUUUAGUGGAAAAUAAUGCUGAGCUUCCGAAAGCAGUCAACGCCGUCGAUCACAAGGGUGAAACUGCUCUGGAAGUUGCUCUGAAGACUCGCCAACCGUCUCUGGCCCGCACCCUGGUUGAACAUGGAGCAGACUUGAGUGCAAAAGAUGCGAGAGGUUUGUCUCUGCUUCAUUCAGCCAUUCUAAAAGGGGACUCUUAUUCGUCCGAAUUCAUAAUCGAGCAACUGGAGAACAGCGGCAAUGUGCACAAAUUGUGCGAGGCUGUGAAAAUUGUCGAAAGCACGAGAAACGUAGCCGAUCUUAAGCAGUUGGAAGGCUGCACCGCUUUGCACUUGGUAGCGAGGCAUAAUACGGAAAAUAUGCUGACGGUUGGAUCAAGAUUACUUCAGGCAGGCAUCAAUCCGAAUUUACAAGAUCACAGAGGAUGGACGGCGCUUCACAGCUGCAUCUCGGAGAAGAACGAGAUCCUGUUCAAUCUGCUGCUCCAGGCGAAGAACGUGGAUUUGGACAUGACGACGAACGAGGACGACACGCCGUUGUGCAUCGCGAUGAAGACCGACCCUUUCGACGAUUACUUCGCGUCGGAGCUGUUAACUAAGGACGCCACGACGAAUCCGACGUACAGCAGCAACGGCGACACGCUGCUCCACAUCUUGACGCGGGAAUGUAGGGAAGAGGCGGCGCUGUUCUUAACGGAGUUUUGCAAGAGCAGCCUCACGAAGACCAACGACGAGGGCUUCACGAUACUGCAUGAGGCGUGCAAGGUUGGCUUGAAGAACCUGACUCGAGCUCUGCUGAGGAACGGCUUGCCGACGGACGACGUCACCUUCUCCACCGGCGACACGCCGAUUCACCUCGCCAUCUCGAAUCUGUACACCGACAUAGUCGUGGAGCUGCUCCACGCUCCAGAUUCGAAUUCGCAGUUGAUCAUCAAGAACCACGCGAACGAGACGCCGCUGAGUUUGGCGAUAAAAGCGCCGUUCAAGAAGGGCAAGGAUAUCGUCCUAGCGCUGAUCAAGGCCGGGGCUAACGUGAACGAGUGCAAUGAAGGGGGCCUGACGUUGUUGCAUCAGGCGAUACUGAAGGAGGACUCGGCCACGGCCAUAUUCCUCUUGGAGAACGGCGCCGACAUGAAUGUGAGAACGGCUGACGGGGAGACGCCCCUGCAGUUGUGCGUACAUUGUCGGCUGGGCGAAGUGGUGGAGGCUCUCUGCAGACGAGGCGUGGACACCUCGAUAGGAUGUCCGUUGUGGGACGCUUUGGACUCCGACCAAGAGGACACCGCGUCGAUCUUGGUCAAGCACGGAGCGGACACCGAUUGCUGGGGACCCGGGCCCGACGGGUGCCAACAGACGCUAUUGCACAAAGCGAUCGACGACAACAAGGAGGAUAUCGCACAAUUUCUGAUCAGAAGCGGGUGCGACCUGAACACUCCGAGGCGACCUGGCCCGAACGGUGCGGGAGGGGACGAAGCGAGAGACGAGUGCACGCCGUUGCACCUGUGUUGUCAAUGGGGCCUGGAGCAAGUGGUGCAAACGCUCAUCGAGCACGGCGCCGACGUGAACGCCCGCGACGCCGAGGGAAAGACUCCGGUGCACGUGGCGAUACAGAAUCAGCAUUCGCAAAUCAUAUCUCUGCUGCUGUGCCACCCGAACAUAGAUCUAAAUAAGCGGGACAAGAAGGGCCUGACGCCGUUCGCGACCGCUUUGACGGUCCGCAAUAACAAGGCCGCGCAGGCGAUACUGGAGAGGUUGCCCAAGGCUGCCGAACAGUACGACAAUAAGGGCAGGAACUUCUUGCACACCGCCAUUCAAAAGGGCGACAUGGAGAGCAUCCUGUUUCUACUGUCGAUACAAGUAGAUGUGAAUUCGAGAAUACACGACGUUACGCAGACGCCACCUCUGCACCUGGCCGCCGUGUCUGGAAACGAGUUGCUGGUGCGAAGUUUGAUCCUGGCGGGCGCUCGUGUCAACGAUACGGACGCGAACAGGAACACCGCGCUGCACGUGGCGGCUAAAGCGGGCCACUCGGCUGUUGUCUGCGCGUUACUGCAAAACAAUAUCAACUUCGACGCGGUGAACGCGGAUGGCGACAACGCUUUGCACGUAGCAGUGAGGGAAGGCCAUGUGUCGGUGGUGCGAACGUUAUUGACCGAGAGCGAGCUGGACGCGGAAGCUGUGAACCUGAAAGGUCGCAAUCCGCUGCACGAGUUAGCCAGAUGCGGUAGGGACAACGCCGCGACGAUCUGCGACCUGUUUCUGGAAUGCAUGGCGAAAUAUCCAGUCAACAACGCAGAUUUGGACGGAAACACGCCAUUGCUAAUCGCAUAUAUGAAAGGCAAUGGCAACCUUUGCCGAACGUUGGUACGAGCGGGCGCGUGCUUAGGUUCGAUGAACAAAGAUGGGAUUACUAUUUUUAAUUAUCAAGUAGCGACGAAGCAGCUACUGUACAGACUGUUAGAUUCUCUGACACAAGAAGCACCAUGGUCCGACAAGGACUGCUGCUUGGAAUGUGGAACAAAAUUCUCCCUCACGAUGCGCAAGCAUCAUUGUCGACACUGUGGACGGAUUUUGUGCAGCAAAUGUUCCGGUCAGGAUGUACCGAUCAUAAAAUUCAAUCUGAACAAGCCGGUACGUGUGUGCGACGUAUGCUUUGACGUGUUACAGGGCACUGAGAACUUUACAAAAGAAAAUUUUCGUAAUUAAAAUAAGAGUUUCUACGAAAACCGAUGGAGGGCUGUCAUUCCACUGUUUUUUUACAUGAGAAGAAAGAGAAGUUCACUGAAAUCAGAAGUCUGUGUGUAAUUCUAUGUCAUUGAU